UACGUGUAGACUGCGGUGACGUGGAUUAAACGGGUUACAAAGAACAGCCCUGGGGAAGGCAGGGCAGGGGGCACCCAGAGCACCUCUUCAUCUACAGUCUUGUGUCAUACAGUGAUGCUAUUUCUUCUGCAACUGCUGAAAUAACACUCAUAUUCCUUACAUUUGAUCAGACAGGGCUGCCAAAAAUUCUGGAAGGAUCUGGGCGUUUUUACCUCCCUUUAACUGAAGCAGAAAUCAUUCAUUCAUUCCUAAUGGCAGUGGCUUAGCACUCUGCAGGACCCCAAGCACCAGCGCAGGCAUAAAGUGAGGGGGAUCAGUUCCCUGCUGCCAUCUGUCCUACACAAGGCAGGAGUUUGUUCAUCCAUAACAGCACAAGUGCAGUGUAACAAAAACUUAACGCGUGUCUUUCUAUGGAUAAACCAUCUCUGUUGAUGCAAAUAUUUGCCGUUGCAAACUGUUAGUGCACAUGCAACUUGCAGGAGGGCUGCCUGGUGUGCUGCUGAUUAGGUUUGUACAGUGAGUGGCAGCCUUGGACAAAAUCCAAAUCAUACAUUAAUAUUAAUAUUAAACCCAUAUAAGUUCACUCCGAAUAAACAGUAAUCAGCAGCUAACUCAACAGCUCUGGGGGGCUGUGCACGCUGCUGCAGGACUCUUUGUUAGACGAUUUCUGAUGGGCACUUCACAAGUUGCUCAGAGGAGGGGAAUGAAAUUGUCUCCCUGUUGCACGUAAUAUUAAGGAAGAAAAUGAUAAUAAUUUAGUCACAGCUUUGUAUUUUUUUCUGAUAUUUUGCAUUAAAGAAAUAGGAGGAAAGAAGAGACUGUCACUGACAUACUAAUUUACCAAAUGUUACAGGCUAAUUUGGAGUGAGCAGAACCAUCUGGAAGUACAGUAUUUUUUAUAAACCAGUGUAACUGAAGGAUGUUAAUGUCUAUAUAACCUGCGUGUUGGGUGUGUUCAUUUAUUUUUUAUAAUUCAAGGUACUUUCCAUUAUUCUGCACCUCAUUUAUUACGUUCUCUGUCAUAUUUACUGCUCCUGCUGGGGAAGGGUUAUGUUGAAGUUAGAGGCAAUGAAGAUGGGUGCUCAUCUAACAGGUGCUCCACUCCCUUUGUUCUGUGUAUACACAUAUUCAAAUCAGACAGGGCUGGGGACAGGAUAAGGCCUGUUAACUCAUUGCUGAUUUUCCUAGCAAAUAAACCAGCAGGUGCUGGUCCUGGCUCCGACUUAGCACUGAGAAGAAGGUGGUGUUUGUAUGGGACAGGAUGCUUUCAUGGAGCCCUCUAGCCAGCUUAUUUUGUGACUUAAAGUGCCAAAUAUAUUUUCUGCUUCUAGGUAUUUGUUCUGCCUUGAAGCUGACAGUACCAUCUCAUACUAUCCAUGGUAUUGAGGGGCAACCACUCCAGCUCAAUGUUGACUACAAUUUCAAUACUACAGCUUGUGAAAUCCAGAUAAUUUGGCUGUUUGAGAAGCCUCGGAGUAAUCCAAAAUACCUGCUUGGCUCUGUAAACCAGACAGUAGUACCAGACUUGGAAUAUCAGCACAAGUUCACCCUCAUACCACCUAGUGCAUCUUUGAUGAUCAAUCCAUUACGUCUCAGUGAUGAGGGCAAUUAUAUUGUAAAAGUCAAUGUCCGUGGGAAUGGAACUAAAGCUGCCAGUGAAAAAAUUCAUGUAGCUGUUGAUGUUCCUGUCACACAGCCAGUUGUGCACACUGAGCCAUCUUCGGGAGUAGUGGAGUAUGUGGGGAAUAUUACAUUAAAAUGUACCGUGGGAAAAGGCACAAGAGUAGUUUACCAGUGGAUGAAAAAUGGGAAGCCUCUCCAUGCUGGCCCUAAUUAUACCUUUUCAUCAAACAAUGCUACACUUCUGAUUGUUCCUGUUGCAAAGGAAGACAUUGGGAACUACAGCUGUUUGGUAUCCAACCCCGUCAGUGCAAUGGAAAGUGAGAGAAUUGCACCAACAAUAUAUUAUGGACCAUAUGGACUCCGAGUUAAAUCAGACAAAGGUCUGAAUGUAGGGGCGGUGUUUACCAUCAGUGUAGGGGAAGCCGUACUGUUUGACUGCUUGGCAGAUUCAAACCCACCAAACACUUACUCCUGGAUUCAAAGGGCUGAUAAUGCCACUCAUGUAAUCCAGUAUGGACCCCACCUGGAAGUUGUGUCUGAUACUCUGGCUCAGAAGACAAGAGACUACGUGUGCCGUGCUUUCAACAACGUGACUGGAAAACGAGAUGAGACUCACUUCACUGUGAUUAUUACCUCUGCAGGACUGGAAAAAUUGGCCCAGAAAGGAAAAUCCUUGUCAUCUCUUGCAGUAAUAACCGGAAUCUCAUUAUUUUUGAUCCUAGUUAUGAGCUUUCUAUUCAUAUGGAAAAGAUAUAAGCCACUUAAAGUGAUUCAACAGAAGCUUCAGAGAAGGCCAGAGGCUGAUUACAGAAAGGCACAGACAUUUUCAGGACAUGAAAGUGCUUUGGAUGAUUUCGGGAUAUACGAAUUUGUGGCUAUUCCUGAUCAUGGCAGCAGUUCCAGGGUUUCAAGUCAGCCUGUUUGCAGCUCUGAAUGUGCUCCAGGCCAGGACAUGCUUAAUACCAUUUAUGAAGUUAUUCAGCAUAUUCCCAAUCAGCAGCAGCAGGACCAUUAACAGUAAGUUACAGCCUGUAAGCACACACGUGGUAGCUCAAAGACGAGGACUUCUGUGUGCGACUGAGACUGAAUAAUUCAUACAUCGGUGGCUGGUGUUUGACUCCAGUGAGAGGGUUAAAGCAGCAAAAAGAUGCAAGCUACAUCAGCCCCUCCACUGGUUCGUGUACAGUCCCCCACCUUCAAGACUCCAGCCUGAAGUUUUAUCACGCCUCCUUUGUCUAAGUGUGAAGAGUGAGAGUUAAGAUCUUCAAACACCAUUUCAAGGGAAAAUUCCCAAGUGCUUUAAGCGGUUCCACAGCACUGAGUUCUGAGCAGUUCCCAGUCAGCAGGUUAAACCUUCUACACAAGUUGGCUGUGUAUGUAACAGAAUUAACAUUCAAUAUUUCCAUUACUAGAAAUGUGCAGGUUACAAUUGCAACUGUGCAUUUAAAUGAUGUAUUUGUAGCCAUGAUCUCUAACCAGAUUUUGAAAAAGGAGUAUUGGAGCAAAAUUUCCACUAUCAGAACCAGGCCGGGUCCUGCUGAACGUGAUAAAGGGUAAAUGACUCAGCUUAGGAAAACCGCUCUUGGGAAUUUUCCAGUUCCUGAUCUGCAGCAAAGGAGCACUCUGACUAAUGAAUCAAUCAGGAUAAUAAAGUCGACACUUGGUUUUGCAGCAGGAUGCUUCAGCGUUGAAUAUGAGGAAAAAGCAAAGCAUCACUAAACAUGGAAUGGAGCUGGGGAAGUAAUUCCAAACAGUGAUUGCCUAUGGAUGGACUCCUUGGACUUGAUACAUAGGCAUCUGUACAGUAGCCAGCUAUAUUUAUGGAGAGCAAUACAGGAUUUUCCUACAUUCUGUUGAUAAUAGGAGUUUCUCUUUGUGUAAAACAAAAUAAUGGAUGUUAAGGCAGCUGAACAGGUUUUCUGUUCAAGUGAUGACUUUGCUCAUAUUCUCAGUGGUCCUGUCUGGGAGUGCUAUCAUUUCAUAAUUUUAUUAGAAUUAAAAUCAUGGAAAAAAUAAGUAAAAAAUAUGUUUUCAUGAUUUAAUGCCUAGAUUUUCAGCUCCAAAAUGGUUCGAAUCCUCUCUAUGAACCUGAUGUCUUCAGUGUCAGCUGAUGUUCUUUCUCUUGCUAUAGAAAUCCCAGUGGCAGCGUUGGCAGAUUCUCAUAGUAGCCAAUGCAGAAUACACUGGGAAUUGCUUUCUCCUAACACUUUUCCUUACACAUUUGUCAUCCUUUUCAUUCACACACACACACACACCUACCUAUGCCUCUAAGCACUAAUUAACUGUAAGAUGUAUAGUUGUGCCCCAGGUCUUAAAAUACAAGAGUACUGCUGGAAAGUAAUUAAAUCCUUAAACUCCCCUGGGUUUAGACUGAGGGUCUCGAUUUCUAAUUGCAGUUAAAAAAAGAAAAGUGACCGAAGCCAACAGCUGGAUUGGCUCUUUGGGGUUUUACGGUGAUAUUAGUUGCUGCCUGCAUAUUCUAAACUAGAUAUAAGUACUGUGACAAACUGGACAACAAAUGUUCCACAUAUUGUCAACCUGUGACACACAUGAAAGAACUCAUAAAAUGGCUGCAAAAGCUAUUGAGCAAGUUUAACCAGUUCUCAUAUGUAAGCAUUGACAGUUCACAUUGCUGUGACUCCUUAGCAGGUGCUGAGUGCAUUAUUGCUGAAAAUAUAUAAACAAUUUGAAAUUGGUACCGAGAAAGCAGCAAUGUGGUGUGCUAUAUUAGCACUGAUGGCAUAAUUUGUAGCUCAGACAUGUAUUGCCACUGGUCUUAUCUUUCAAUACUAGGGAUGGUAUGCGUAGUACAAAUUCAGUCAAAUAUCAGUGUGUCACAGAUACACCCUCAUUCGUGCUAAAGAACUGUUCUCCUUUUGUGCUUAGAACUGCUUGUUUGGGUGUAUGUUUGCAACAGUGUUUUUAAUAAAAAUCAAUAAAGGAGGCAUUGUGGACAACCA